UAAUGGUUAUUAUGUAAAUUUCCACAUCGUAACGUUACCUUUAAUUGUUAUCACAACAAUUAACCAAUAUAAAUUGCUAUUUCUCCUCUAAUUAUAACUAUUUUCUUGGUCAAUUCAUUUUUACCGCCAAUCGAUAAAUUUUGUUUUCUGAUAAACAAAGUGACUCAUCAAUCAUAUGGGAAGAAAAUGUUUCUCUUUAUUUAUCUCAUCGAUUGAUUAACAAUUUAAUUUCUCUUAAUUGUUUAUUUAAAUCAUAUUCUUUUUUUCCCACUCAUUUGAUUAUCAUCAUCAUCUUCUUUUAAUUGUGAUUGAUCUUCGUUCAUCUUUAAAAAACGAACGUUUCAUUUUCUCUUUUGGAACCGAACAAAUUAUUCUAUUUUUUUUUCUUUUUCUUUCUAUUUUUACAUAAUUAUUGUCAUUUUCUCAUCUUUUUACUAAUAAUUAUCGUCAUCAUCCUCAUCUUUGAAUAUUUAACAUUCUCUCUGAUUGAUGAACUUCAUGUCUCUCUGAAUUGAAUCAUUUCUUUGGUUCCAUCCUUUCAGAAGAUAAAUUUACUUUCCCUUUGGUGUAACUAUUAAUUUCUCAUCAACCAUUACAAGGUGAUUAUUAUUUGAUGACAAGUAGAUUAAUGAGAUAAUCUUUGAUUCGUUUUUUUUUUUGUUUGGUCUUGAUUUGAUUCCACGUAAUUGUUAUUAUAUUUUUGUCUCUGGAAAAGAAAACAAUUUAAAAUCAAUCAAUGGAAGAGUCAACAAUUAACUCAUCAAUACUUGGAACCAAAGAGUAUUGGGAAAAUUUGUAUCAACAAGAGAUUAACAAUUAUCUUGAUCAUUCUGAUCCUGGUGAAAUUUGGUUCGGUAAAGGAUUAACAAUGAAAAUGGUUAAAUGGAUUAAAAGUAAAUCAUCACAAUUAUUACCCGAUGAUGGUGAUCAAAUUAAGAUAUUAGAUCUUGGCUGUGGUAAUGGACACUUAUUGUAUUCACUUUACCAACAGGGUUACACUGAUUUAACUGGAUUAGAUUAUGCUGAUAAGUCAAUCAAAUUGGUUAAUCAAAUGGCAUCAGAUCUUGGAAUUGUCAACAAUUUAAAGACUUAUGUAGCCGAUGUGCUUACCUUGUAUAAAAGUAAUUUAAUUCCUGAGAGAAUUAAAUUUAAUCUCAUCAUUGACAAAGGUACUUUCGAUGCUAUUUGUCUUAAUCCGGAUUUAGAUUUAAAUCAAGUAAAAAGUGAUUACCUUGCGACAUUAGAGGCUAUUCUGUUUAAGGGAAGAUCGUUUUUUAUGAUUGCCUCAUGUAAUUGGACUAAAGAUGAGCUGAUUAACAUGUUCACUAAAUCAUCUCAAUCAUUUUUAUCACUUUAUGAUGAAAUUGAGACACCACAAUUUAGUUUUGGAGGUUCAAAGGGUAAUAACGUUACUUGUUUGAUCUUCCAACGAUUAAGUUGAUCUGUUUAUCUGAGAAAAUCAAAUUUCAAUUAAAUUGUAAUAGUAAAAGUUGAGAGAUUAACAUUUUUUUUGUCCAAUAA